AAGGGCAGGGAGGAGAGCUACAAGCGGUACGUGCACCGCGUGCUGCAGCAGGUGCACCCCGGGCUCAACAUCUCCUCCCGCGCAAUGGAGGUGAUGCAAUCCUUCAUGGUGGAUGCCUUUGAUCGGGUGGCCGCCGAGGCCUCCCACCUCACUCGCCACGGCAAACACAAGACGCUGACGGCGCGCGAGACGGCUGUGAAGCUGGUGGUGCCCGGCGAGCUAGGCCGCCACGCGGUGACGGAGGGGAAGAAGGCGGUGGCGCGCUUCUCGGGGCUGCAGUAG